GUCUGCUACAUGUGCUGGGCAAUGAACCUGACACUCCAGGCCAGAGUGGUCUGAGGCAUUUGGGGAAGUAGAGGAAGUUCUGGAGAAGAUGGCCAUGGCCCCUAGUCCUUCCCUGCCUCAAGUGUACACCAACCCCGUGGCAGUGGCUGUGUGGGAAUGGCAGGAUGGACUGGGUACCUGGCACCCCUACAGUGCCACUGUCUGCAGCUAUAUUGAACAGCAAUUUGUCCAGCAGAAGGGCCAGCGUUUUGGGCUAGGAAGCCUGGCCCAUAGCAUCCCUUUGGGCCAGGCUGACCCGUCCCUGGCCCCUUAUAUCAUUGACCUUCCCAGCUGGACUCAGUUCCGCCAGGACACUGGUACCAUGCGGGCUGUGAGGAGGCACCUGUUCCCCCAGCAUUCAGCCCCAGGCCUGGGGAUCACCUGGGAGUGGCUGAGUGAUGACGGCUCCUGGACGGCCUACGAAGCCAGUGUCUGUGACUAUCUGGAGCAGCAGGUGGCCCGGGGUAACCAGCUCGUGGACUUGGCUCCCCUUGGGUACAACUACACUGUCAACUACACCACCCACACGCAGACCAACAAGACUUCCAGUUUCUGCCGUAGAGUUCGGCGCCAGGCAGGACCCCCUUAUCCGGUGACCACCGUCAUUGCUCCGCCGGGCCACAUGGGAGUCGCCUGCUCUUGCCACCAGUGCCUCAGCGGCAGCGGAACUGGCCCUGUGUCAGGUCGCUACCGCCACUCCAUGACCAACCUCCCUGCAUACCCUGUCCCUCAGCCCCCCCACAGGACCACCAUUGUCUUUGGGGCCCACCAGGCCUUCGCCCCGUACAACAAGCCCUCACUUUCUGGGGCGAGGUCUGCUCCCAGGCUGAACACCACCAACCCCUGGGGUGGGGCACCGCCCUCGUUGGGGAACCAGCCCCUCUACCACUCCAGCCUCUCCCAUCUGGGACUGCAGCACCUACCCCCAGGAUCGUCCACUGCCGGUGGAGCCAGUGCCUCCCUUCCCAGCGGCCCUUCAAGCAGCCCUGGGAGUGUCCCCACCACUGUGCCCGUGCAGAUGUCGAAGCCCAGCAGGGUCCAGCAAGCCCUUGCAGGCAUGACGAGUAUUCUGAUGUCAGCCAUUGGACUCCCUGUGUGUCUUAGCCGCGCACCCCAGCCCACCAGCCCUCCCGCCUCCUGUCUGGCCUCUAAAAGUCACAGCUCAGUUAAGAGAUUGAGGAAAAUGUCCGUGAAAGGAGUGACCACAAAGCCAGAGCCAGAGCAGGUGAUAAAAAACUACACUGAAGAGCUGAAAACGCCCCCAGAUGAGGACUGCAUCAUCUGCAUGGAGAAGCUGUCUGCGGUGUCAGGGUACAGUGAUGUGGCUGACAGCAAGGCCAUUGGUCCCGUGACCGUGGGCCGCCUUGCCAGGUGCAGCCAUGCCUUCCACCUGCUCUGCCUGCUGGCCAUGUACUGCAGCGGGAACAAGGAUGGAAGUUUGCAGUGUCCAGCCUGCAAAACCAUCUAUGGAGAGAAAACUGGGACCCAACCCAGGGGGAAGAUGGAUGUGUUCCAGUUCCAAGUUUCCCUCCCUGGCCAUGAGGACUGCGGAACAAUACUCAUAGUUUACAACAUUCCCAGUGGCAUUCAGGGCCCAGAACACCCCAACCCUGGAAAGCCAUUCACCGCCAGAGGGUUUCCUCGCCAGUGCUACCUUCCUGACAAUGCCCAGGGGCGCAAGGUUCUGGAACUGCUGAAGGUGGCCUGGAAGAGGAGACUCAUAUUCACAGUGGGGACAUCUAGUACCACGGGCGAGACGGACACAGUGGUGUGGAACGAGAUCCACCACAAGACAGAGAUGGACCGAAAUGUCACAGGUCAUGGCUACCCUGACCCCAACUACCUGCAGAACGUUCUGGCAGAGCUGGCCGCUCAGGGGGUAACAGAGGACUGCCUGGAGCAGCAGUGACUACCUGGCUGGCCCCGUUCCCCACUGUCAUGCUUGCCUCUGGCACCACCAGGGCAGGGCUGCCCCUGGGAUGGGCCGGCGGGAAGGUGCCUUUUGUGAGGGGUUGGGAUGUUUGUCAGGGACACAGGCACGCACCACUGAAAGCUGGAGCUUCUCCUGCCUGCCUUUCCUCCACCGCCCCCUUCAGGCCUAGAUCUUGUGGGAACUGGGCAAGACUAGGGAGUUGUACUUGGGCUUAAGAGCAGCUACCUCAGUCACAGCCUUCUGUCUUCAGUGGGCGGCCUGGGCCCUCAGUGCCGGGGGCCUGGCGUGGGGCCAGGAGAAACUGCUCCCUCCCCAGCCAGGGGCAGGUUUGGGUCUGGAUCAGCUUCUUAUACCUCAGAUGUUCUGUUUGCAAUAAAUGCCCUCUAGCCAA